AGCAGAGCUCAUCACACAACUGAGGACAUCACAUACCAAUCGCUGCAUAGAGAGGAGCAACGCUGCUUAAAAAGAGGGUUCAUUAGAUAAACACAGAACAUUUCCGCUCGACUCCAGAUCACUAAGCACAUAAGAGCAGUUGGCACUCCAUAACGUUUUAGUGGGACCAGGAUGCAGGGCUCAAUCCAAUCUAUCCUCUUCUUCAUCGCUGUGCUGAAGACAGUGAUUGGGACUGAGGAGGUGAUUUAUGCACAGGUUGGCCAUGACGUCACCCUUAAGGCACCAGUUGACACAUCUCCAAAGGAUUACAUAUAUUGGUACUUUUACAAAGAGAAAGAACUCCAGCUUUCCUGGAUGAACCACAUGGGGGGAAGGGGGAUCAUUAAAGAUGAACCUUGGAACCAACAGUUGUCCUUGAAUGGUGAUUCACUAGUCAUCAAAGGCAUCCAUGAAAGAAACUUUGGAACAUAUUUCUAUAAACUGGGGAAGGAUUCCACCGUAAUCACAUAUAAACUACGCAAACUUACUGUGAAUGUGAACCCAGCUUCAAUUCUGCUGCCUGGGGAUAAAAUGUCUCUACAGUGCAAUGUGGAUCAUCAGGGUGAAAAGCAACCCAAUAUAUACUGGCAGCCUCCCCAGGAGAAGACUAAGACUGUUCUUGAAGCAGGUGGCAUUAUAGUUCAAAGCCAAGACAGUGGAGAGUGGACCUGUGUUGUGAAGAAUGGUCAAAAAGAACACAGAUUCAAAAUCUCUGUUAUAGUUGUGGAGUUUCCCUCUGCUCCUAAAAUUCAGUAUACAUCUACAACCUCCCAACUUAACAUGCCCUUUUCCAUCCAUCCCAUCAACUCCUGGGAAAAAAUAAAACCACUGAUUAAGGAGAUUCAGUGGUCCUUCACCCCUAAAACUUCCUCAGAUCAGAAACCUCAGACGCUCUGUUCUUUCUCACCGGAGAAUUCCACAGAACCGACGAUGAACCAAAAGGCACUCAAACACGCUAGCCUCUUAGGAAAUUUUUCGUUGUCCAGAGAUAAGGGGAGAGAAGAUGACCAAGGUGUAUACGAAUGCACUAUUAUAUUUAAGAAAGGCAAGAAUCUGACCAGCACUGUACAAGUGGAAGUGUUGCAAAUCAUCCCCUCCCCAGGACUAACGUUAAUUUCUGGCCAAAGACUUAAACUGCACUGCACCAUCGGUGGGCAGCUGCCCCCUGAUGUGGAGCUCAAGUGGUCCCCUAAGAAAACUUCUACAUAUACAACUGAAAAUAACUCCGCCCUUCUCGUAAUCAAAGAAGUUCGCAUGGAGGACGGGGGGAUGUGGAAGUGUGAGCUGCGGAGGAACAAUUCCUGCCUGACAUCAGCUGUGAUAAAGCUGAAUAUUGAACCAGUACUAAGUGUGUGGAUGCUGGUGACCAUAUGCAGCGCUGCAGCCAUCAUAAUCCUCCUCGCUGUACUCACUGCCAUCCUUUGCAGACGCAAACAACGGAAGAGAAGACACCUAAGACAUCAACUCUGCCGGUGCGAGAACCCCAAGCCCAAAGGAUUUUACCGGACCUAACAUUUCCUAGAGCGACAUUUACCACGGGACAUGGCAACUAGAUGAAUUUCCAUCCUGCCAAGAUGAUAAGGAUAUCAUAUUGCAAAAAGAAAAUUCAUCUUACAGCUGUAUACAUCAGACAUUUGGAUGAGUCUUACCAUUUUUUUAUAGCUGAAAUACUGUAAAAUCUGUGAAGAUAUUAUUCAGGAUUCAAUGAUCUGCAAAUUAUUUCAACCCUUUACUUAAUCUAACAUAAUGCAAAGACGGCAUAUGAUUUUAUCAUUACUUCUUGGGUUUUUUUUUAUGUGAAAUGUCUAAUUUAAUGCCAGCAGUAUCUUUCUGGUUAUUCUGUUAGUUACAUUUGUGAACACAACAGUUAUGGAGAUUUUCAGAAAUGCUCCUGGUUCCAUGUAUAAUUGUGUUUGUGCUUUGCUGUUGUAUAUGCUCGGGGAUAUUUAUCUUAAAUCGUGUGACCAUUUGCUCACACAGUCUGCCACUGAGUGGUGGUGAACCGUUUCUGUCUUCACUUCUGACAGAUUCGGAUGCUCUUACCCAGUCGUGUGACUGGACUGAUCUUAAUAAACUUAACUAGUUAAAAAGAUUUUCUUCCAUGUGCUUUUUCUAAUUAUGUAUUUUUACUCAACACUUCUUUUGCUGCCCACAUCCCAGCAUUCAUGAAACAUAUUGUUGGCACUAAAUCCAGUCAGUUAAACAUUUGUCAUGCAGUCUUCAUACUAAUUGGAAUAAAUACGGGGUUGAAUCCAUUCACUUGAUUGAACAAAUGAUUUAAUUCUGUUGUUUAUAUUUCACUGACAACUUGUUUUAAACUUUUGGUUGGCUUGUAUAAUGUGUAACAUAAUCAUAUUGAAUACAGUUUUAUUAUAUUUGAGAUGACUGUGUUUACUGAAUUUAUGUCAUUUGUGUUAUUUUUAAGGUUUCCUGUUGUUGAGUAAAUAUCUUGUAAUCACAUAUAUAAUUUCCUGGGAUGCUCUGUUAUAUUUGCUCAUUUCUUCAAAUAAUUCCACAUCUUUUAUUUGUGCAAACAUGAUGAUGCUUUAUUUCUUAAAGAUAAAAAUAUAAUCUUUUUUUUUCAGACAGGAGGAUGUUGAUGUCUGGAUAUAAACAAAUUCUGAAGUGUAAAAAAAAGAUAAAACAAAGAAAAAACUUUUUAAUAAAGCAUGGAUUCUUUCAUUGCUUAAUGUUGGUCUUGCAGUGUGAUGGAUUCUCAUGGCAAGGGGUUGGCGGGCUUCUGACAGAUUCGUGGGUACAGGAAGUCACAAGGGACGUCAUACCAGGUCUGGGUGUAGCUGUCCACCACAGCACAGUCCUCUCCUUCUGGCCCACCGGACUUGUUGUCAUCUGGCUCUGACUUGUGUUCGUUCCAAAAUCUUUGCAGAAACAAUUAAAUUAAAAAAAAAAAUUAAAUUUGAGAAAGCUUAUCUGAGGGUCUGCAAGCAUCUGAAUAAAGUUUUUAUUCACUAUCCAAAGUGUUUCUUAAAUACCAGUAAAAUAAAUAAAUCUAAACAGUUACAUCUGCAGGGUUAAAAGCCAAUGCAAACACAACCACCUUGUGUUUGUCAUUAGAGAGAAUCUUUGCACAUGAUCAGGGGCACAUUUGAGGAGUAUUGAUUUAGUAUCAACUGGUCCGCAUUGUUAUAUCCCUAAAGGAACCCACAUUUUCCAACAAGCUGACAAGUGAUCUAACAUCAAUUGAUCAUUUUACUUUUGUUCAGACAGAAAUACUCCAGCAACUACAUGAUGAAGGUUCUCGUCACCACAGGAUGACUCCAAAGCACCACCAUGAGGUUUGGAGAAGGAAAUGCAUCAAAAUUUAAUAAUCAGAUUGUUCUAAAGGUUUUAAUGAUCUCCUCAUCUUUAGCAGAUAAAAAUAACUUGACGGUCAUCUUAUAACUGUCCCGUCAUCAUCAGCCCUUGUACUCAGUACCAAUGUUAGCAAUGAUGCUUUAAACAAGCUCAACAACAAUAACAGGGCACUGAACACAUCUUCAUAUCUUUGUAUUUGUUGAUCACCAUAUCUGGCUGGAUUGCAAAUGUUUACAAAACCUUUAUUGUAUUUAUACCCUUGCAAACAGGAACAACAUUAAUCUCAUGUGGGUGUCAUACUAUAUGCACUGUUCCAGUUAUGAGUGAUACCUGCACAAAAGAUGAAAAACGAUCUGUAACACUAAAGCCUCCAUUGAAGUCUAUCAAUCCUCCAAUGCUUUUGGCAUCAGUAGGUGUUGCAUCAUUAAGACCCUGAAUCAGAUUCAAAGCCUUUCUCUAACCUACAUAUGUGCUUUUUUUGUUCAUGUACAUGAUAUAUGUGAUGUGUACUUUUUUAACACAGGCACUAAAGCUGUUCCUUUGGACUUGACUCCCCAAGAUUAUAUUUAUUCAUUUGUACAAUGUUGCCUAAAUUUGUUUAUAUUUCUGGCAAAUUAACAGCUUCAUGAUAAUUCCAUAAACCCUGCUGACCUGCUAGCAAUGCUCAAUAUUGUACACAGAUUUGACUCAGAAUGCUUUAAAACGUUUUCUAUUGUUUUGUAUUCACGGCUGCCAUCUUCUUAAAAGAAUCACUGUACAUAAAAAGGAAAUGUCUUUAAACUAUGUCUUUAAAUCUCCUACUUUUUCUUUGUUGAUUCAAACAAACAAUUAAAAUUCACACUUUUUGUCCUCUAACUGGA